AUGCAAGAGUUUCUGUUUACACUCGGCGCAUUUUCGCUGCUCAGCGUGGUAAACGCUGCCCUCUAUGAUAAGACUAUUACGAUCUCGCAAGGAAAUCUUCAAGGCUCUGCUGCGUUCAACGAGACCUCUGCCCCAUCUUUCAUCGAAAACUGGAAAGACAUCUCCGUUUGGAAAGGGAUUCCUUUUGCGCCGACUGCAGGAGGAGAAAACCGUUGGAGACCCCCACAAGCUCCGCCCAACUGGAAUGGUACUUUCCAAGCCACUAUAUUCGGACCAAGCUGUCCCGAUUCCUCAACUGGAGAUGGCUAUGCCGAGGAUUGUCUGAGCAUCAACAUUUGGAGUCCGGCAACCUCUACUGAUGAGAAGCUCCCUGUCAUUUUCUGGUCUUAUGCUGCGGGAGGAUCAUCUUCCCAAAGCACAUACGAUGGAUCUGGACUGGCAGGCAAGGGGGUGGUUUUUGUUAGUUACAACUACCGUGUUGGUCCACUUGGCUGGCUCACAUUGAAAUCACUUGAAGAGGAGACCGGUGCAACUGGCAAUUAUGGUCUGCUGGACUCAAUUGCAGCCCUCAAAUGGACUCACGCCAACAUUGCAGCAUUUGGUGGAGACCCAGAUUCAAUCACGGUAGCUGGUCAAUCGUUCGGAUCCGGGGCAUCCUAUCACCUGAUGAACAGCAACGAUACAAAAGGAUUGAUCAAGGGUGUCAUUGCAGAGAGUGGACUUAAGGACCCGUACGACCCCGAUAUGUGGGGAUUCGGCAGUGACUACCGCAACAUGACUUGGGCAUACAACUUCAGUGACGAAUUCUAUGAUUCUUUGAAUGUUACGAGUAUUUCCGAGCUGCGUGCGCUGGAUCUCGCAACUUUGUUGACUGGAACUGGAACCAGUACUUUUAUUGGCUUCGAUCCCGUUCUCAACUACCAUUCCAUUCCGAAUAAAUACAUUGUGAGUCUCGAUGAGGGUGCUCCCAACAACGUGCCUAUCCUAGUUGGCAAUAAUUACAAUGAAGAUGGCAUUUCAACAACCACAACAUACACAGUGGCUGAAUACGAAGAAGCAAUCAACUCAACCUAUGGGCCCUACGCAGCUGAACUGAUGUCAUUCUACUCCACUAAGAACACCACUGAAGCUACGACCGCAUACAACUCCAUUAUUCGCGCCGGUUACGCUACUUCUACUUGGUCCUGGGCUAAGAGAUGGAGCAAGAACUCUGACAAGUCUGUUUACUAUUACAUGUGGACCUUCGCUGGCGCUACCCAUGGUUCUGAGGUGUCAUACGCUCUUGGUAACCUUUUCGCCCAAUCUUCAACAUAUACCGAGGCCGACUAUCUUGUCGCGGAUAAGAUGUCUUCCUAUUGGGCUAAUUUUGUCAAGACUCAGAACCCGAACCAGGGUGGCUCUCACACGAAUGGAACUUUGCCUACUUGGAGUUCCAAUGUCCCAUCUGAGAACUCGAUGUUUGAAUUGGGCUACAACUGGAAAAAAUAUCAGGUUGCUCCAAUCAAGGAGAGAAAUGUUCAGCUGAAGUACUUCCAAUGGGCUACUCCAAACCCGUAUUAA